GUUUGACAAUCUUAAUAGUAAAUUAUUUUUUAAGAACGUGUUGGCGAGUUUUCGUAUAAUAUUACCUAAGGUUGGUGAAAUUAUAAGAAAUGUCUAUAAAACUAGUAGCUAACAUAAACAAUCCCCCAAUUAGUGGACUAGCUACUGCUCAUCUUAUCAAGGAAACUGUUCCGAUUGAUAUUAUAUGGGGUCAGGAGACUUCUUUGACUUUUCCUGAUAAGACAAAAUUCAUUUGUUAUUCAAAUAAUGAUGUUUUACGUGCCUUAGCUCGAUUUGCUCCCAACUACUGUUUGUACGGUGAAUCUGCUGUUGAACGAACUGAGAUAGAUCAUUGGCUUUCAUUCAGUUUGACAUGUGAAGAUGAUAUUUCUUGGGCAUUAUCUUAUUUAAAUAAAUCAAUCGCUCCAGUUACGUACCUUGUAGCCAAUAAAUUAACAGUGGCAGAUUUUGCUUUGUUCAAUGAAAUGUAUUUGCGAUAUGAAUUUCUUUCAAAACAAAAAAUUCCAGUACAUGUUCAAAGAUGGUAUAAUUUAAUAAUGGCACAACCAUUUAUCCAAAAAGUCCUGGAAGAUUUACCAGCUGAAGCUAAAGCAUCUUUAAAGAAAUGUCCAAAACGAAAGCCAUCUUCUCCAGAAAAAGAGAAUAAGUCAAUUGGAGAAAGAAAACAAGAAGGCAAAUUCGUAGAUUUGCCGGGCGCUAAAGUUGGUGAAGUGGUUGUACGCUUUCCACCAGAAGCUUCAGGAUAUUUACAUAUUGGUCACGCUAAGGCUGCACUUUUGAAUCAAUACUAUCAGGAAGCAUUCAAGGGCAAGCUUAUCAUGCGUUUCGACGACACAAAUCCGGCUAAAGAAAAUGUUGAGUUUGAAAAGGUUAUAUUAAAAGAUUUGGAAAUGUUAGAAAUAAAACCAGAUGUUUUUACUUACACAUCUGAUUAUUUUGACCUUAUGUUGAAAUACUGCGAAAAAUUGAUAAGUGAAAGCAAGGCUUACGUAGACGAUACAGAACCAGAAGAAAUGAAAAAAGAAAGAGAACAAAGAAUUGAGUCAAAAAAUCGCAAUAAUUCUGUGCAAAAAAAUAUGGAAAUGUGGAAUGAAAUGUUAAAAGGUUCCGAAAAAGGUAAAAAAUUCUGUGUAAGAGCGAAAAUUGACAUGUCAUCAGCAAAUGGGUGUUUACGUGAUCCGACUAUCUACAGAUGUAAAAACGAACCGCAUCCCCGGACUGGAAAUAAGUACAAAGUUUAUCCAACAUAUGAUUUUGCUUGCCCUAUUGUUGAUGCUAUUGAAAAUGUUACCCAUACCCUUAGAACUAUGGAGUAUCAUGAUCGAGAUGAACAAUUUUAUUGGUUUAUCGACGCGCUUCAGCUUCGUAAACCUUAUAUCUGGGAAUAUAGUCGCUUAAAUAUGACAAAUACCGUUUUAUCAAAAAGAAAAUUGACUUGGUUUGUGGAUGAAGGAUUAGUUGAUGGCUGGGACGACCCAAGAUUUCCAACAGUUCGUGGUAUAUUACGUCGUGGAAUGACGGUUGCAGGACUUAAAGAAUUUAUAAUUGCACAAGGAUCAAGUAAAUCAGUUGUAUUUAUGAACUGGGAUAAAAUAUGGGCUUUUAAUAAAAAAGUAAUUGAUCCAAUCGCUCCACGAUAUACCGCUUUAGAAAUUUCCAAUCAUGUUGUUAUAAAUGUAGCAGGAACAGAAAAAGGAGUGUUUAGUGUAAACGCUCAUCCUAAAAAUGAUGAUGUUGGGAAGAAAUUGGUUCAUUAUGGACCACGAAUUUUAAUAGAUUAUGUUGAUGCAGAAAUGUUAAAAGAAAAUGAAAAUGCUACAUUUAUUAACUGGGGAAAUCUUAAAAUAAAAAAAAUUAAUAAAACAAAUAACAAAAUCACAUCAAUUGAUGCUGAUCUGAAUUUAGAAGAUAAAGAUUUUAAGAAAACAGUUAAAUUAACAUGGUUAGCAGAACUUGAAGAUUCGAACUAUACUAAAACUUAUUGUGUGUACUUUGAUCAUAUAAUAAGCAAACCAGUACUAGGAAAAGAUGAGGACUUUAAACAAUAUGUUGGACAUAACACGAGACAUGAAGUUGAGAUGAUCGGUGAUCCAGAAUUAAAAAAAUGUAAAGAAGGUGAUAUUAUUCAAUUGCAAAGGAGAGGAUUUUUUAGAGUGGAUACACCAUACGCACCAAAGAGUACCCAAAGUGGAGUUGAAACUCCAAUCAUAUUGUUCUCUAUUCCAGAUGGCCAUACUAGAGAUGUCCCUAUGUCAGGUUUAAAAAUAUCUGCCACUGAAUCAGAUAGUAAAAGUAAAGAGACUUCUAGUAAAAACGGAGAUGAAUUAAAUGAGAAAAUUGUUGAACAAGGAAAUAAAGUUAGAGAUCUGAAAGGAAACAAAGCACCGAAAGAUCAAAUUGAUGCUGCAGUAAAAAUUUUAUUAAGUUUAAAAAGUGAGUUUAAAACUAUAACUGGUAGUGAUUGGAAGCCUGGUACUGUACAAUCCAAAACACCUUUAGCUGCAGUGAGUAAUAAUACUGAUAUUUUGAAUAAUAAAAUUAAAUCUCAAGGAGAUACAGUAAGGGAUUUAAAAGCGAAGAAGGCACCAAAAAGUGAAAUAGAUUCAGCCGUUAAGCUUCUCUUACAGUUAAAGGCUGAAUAUAAAGAAAAAACUGGUAUUGAUUGGAAGCCAAUAGAACAAAAUACAAUUUCUAAUACUGCUGUUCCAUCUAAUUCGAAUGUGUCUUUGAAUAUUAAUGAAGUAUUAAAACAAAUCGCAGAUCAAGGUGAUGUAGUUCGGAAAUUGAAGGCCGAAAAAGCUGAAAAAACUGCGAUAGACUCUGCCGUUAAGAUUUUAUUGCGUUUGAAAAACGAUUAUAAAAAUUUGACAGGUCAAGAGUGGAAGCCAAAUGCUUUACAAGAUAUAAAAUCUGAGUCUUGUAAAUUACCAGACAAUUGCAACGAACUAUUAGAAAGAAUCCAAGCUCAGGGUGAUAAAAUUCGGAAAUUAAAGGUUGAAAAAGUCGAAAAAUCUAUAUUAGACUUAGAAGUUAAAAAACUAUUAUCUCUAAAAACUGAUUUUAAAAAUUUUACUGGAAAAGAUUGGACGCCAGAAUUAAAAGUUGAACCGAAAGUAUCAGUAAUGUCUGAAACAAGUAGUGAUCAUAUUAAGGAAAAAUUAACGAAAGAAAUCACGGAACAGGGUGAUAAAGUGCGGCAGUUAAAAAGUAGUAAUGCAGGAAAAGAUGUAAUAGAUUCAGCAGUUAAAACUUUGCUGGACUUGAAAGCAAAGUAUAAGGAAUUUACUGGAAUUGAUUUUCCAACACCUGGGAAAAGUAGUAAAAGUUCAGACAAAAAGGAAAAUCAAAAAACCAAACCACAAAAAGAAAAACCAAAACAAGAAACUAAGGACACAAAAGAUUCGUCUGGAGUUAAAAAGCAAACUAGAUUAGGCUUGGAGGCUACUAAAGAGGAUAAUUUACCCGAAUGGUACUCUCAGGUUAUAACAAAAGGGGAGUUGAUUGAAUACUAUGAUGUAUCUGGAUGCUAUAUUCUACGUCACUGGUCAUUCGCAAUUUGGAAAGCUAUCAAAAAUUGGUUUGAAGCUGAAAUUACAAAAAUUGGAGUCAAAGAAUGCUAUUUUCCAAUUUUCGUGUCAAAAUCAGUUUUAGAAAAAGAAAAAACUCAUAUCGCCGAUUUCGCUCCUGAAGUCGCUUGGGUCACAAAAUCUGGUGAAUCCGAUUUAGCUGAACCGAUAGCUAUUCGUCCAACUUCUGAAACAGUAAUGUAUCCUGCCUAUGCAAAAUGGGUCCAAUCUUACAGGGAUCUUCCUAUUCGGUUGAACCAAUGGAAUAAUGUUGUAAGGUGGGAAUUUAAACAUCCACAACCAUUUUUAAGAACGAGAGAAUUUUUAUGGCAAGAAGGUCAUACUGCCUUCGCGAACAAAAAGGAAGCAGAGGAAGAAGUUUUAUAUAUUUUAGACUUAUAUGCACAGAUAUACACCCACCUCUUGGCUAUACCAGUAGUUAAAGGUAGGAAAACAGAAAAGGAAAAAUUUGCGGGUGGUGACUAUACAACAACCGUGGAAGCUUUUAUUUCAGCAAGCGGACGAGCUAUUCAAGGAGCAACAAGUCAUCACUUAGGUCAGAAUUUCUCUAAAAUGUUUGAUAUAGUUUUCGAAGAUCCAGAAACUCAAAAGAAAGAGUAUGCAUAUCAAAACUCAUGGGGAUUAACAACUCGUACUAUUGGAGUAAUGAUUAUGAUUCAUGCCGAUAAUCAGGGAUUAGUUUUGCCACCACAUGUGGCGUGCGUUCAAGCUAUUAUAGUACCUUGCGGGAUUACAGCUAGCAUGAAGGAUGAUGAAAAAGAACAAUUAUUAGACAGUUGCAAAAAUUUGGAGAAAUUGUUAUGUUUGAGCAACAUUCGCUGUGAAGGUGAUUAUCGUGAUAACUACUCACCAGGGUGGAAAUUCAAUCACUGGGAAUUAAAAGGUGUACCUAUUCGUAUUGAAAUUGGUCCAAAAGAUGUAAAAUCAAAUCAAAUGGUCGCUGUUCGGAGAGAUACAGGAGAAAAAUUAAUUUUGUCGUGUGAUGAUGCAGAGAAAAAAAUUGCGCAGUUAUUGGAAACAAUCCAUGAGAAUAUGUUAGCUAAGGCUAGAAAAGAUCUUAAUGACCAUACAAAACAAACUAAAAAUUGGGCAGAUUUUUGCAAACUUCUAGACCAAAAAAAUAUGAUUUUAACACCGUUUUGCGGAGAAACAUCUUGCGAGGAAAGAAUUAAAGCUGACAGUGCAAGAGAUGAAGAUGCAGAACCUGGAGCUCCUUCUAUGGGGGCUAAAUCUUUGUGCAUACCUUUUGAGCAACCUGCACAAAUAACAUCUGUUGACGCUUGUAUUCAUCCGGCAUGCCAAAAUAAACCUAAAUUUUACACAUUGUUUGGAAGAAGUUACUAGAAGUAAUUUUAAAAGUCUUGUUUUAUAUUACUUAUAGAGUGAGAUCUAAUUUUUCCGUAACAAAACUUCAGAAAGAAAAGAAUUUUGUAAAAUAAAAAAAAUUGCAAACUAUUUAAUAUAUUUUUCACUAAAACAAAGUAAUAAAGUUUCAUUUUUGCUUUUAUUGCUAAACACAA